AUGUAUACCUUUAACUUGCAUUCGCUUCUGUCUGUGCUGAUUUUAGUCUUCCUGUAUAAGAAUUGUGAUGGAAAAAGAAAUUGGGAAUGCAAACCCCUAUCGAUAGUCGGCGAGACUACUAAUCCAAGUGCCAUGGACAUGGAUAUGCGAAUUGAGCGAGUUGGUCGGGGAGAAUUCUUUUUCUCGGGCACAUUUUUCUGGAAUAUCGAUCUUGAUGAUAGUGUAUUGGUUGAGAUGCAGAUAUUAAGAAGUCAUUCCGGCAGCGAGGCUGAUUACAAGCUAACUCCAUGGUCCAUUCCCCAGCAGACCUUCAUUGAGUACAUUGAUACCUUCUACAAGGAUUUGCUGAUAGCCAAUUUGGGUGAUUGUUCCGACAUGCCCAGGUAUGACUCCGGUUAUGUACCGCCCUGGCCAAAGGCUACCUUUAAUUUCACCCGAUGCGGCAUCAAAGGCGAUGGAUUGCCGGAAGUAUUGAUGAAGGGCUUCUAUAAGGUAAAAGCCAUCAUCAUUGCCCUGCCAACUGUUCAGCAAAAUAUUACUGUGACUGUUCGGGUUACGUUGAAAAUGUUUUAA